GUUUUUUUCUUCAAUCAGGCAAGAAUUCGAAAUAGACAGAGGGAAUGCUGAGGGCCGCGGGGAGGCGAAUUCUAGGGUUAGGGUCGGGGCACCGGGCGCCGGCAGCGGCGGUGGCCUCUCGUGGUUAUCACGAGAGGGUGGUGGACCACUACGACAAUCCGCGGAACGUCGGAUCCUUCGACAAGAACGAUCCGACGGUGGGGACGGGGCUGGUCGGCGCUCCUGCGUGCGGCGACGUGAUGAAGCUCCAGAUUAAGGUCGACGACGCCACCGGGAAGAUCGUCGACGCCUGCUUCAAGACCUUCGGCUGCGGUUCCGCUAUCGCCUCCUCCUCCGUCGCUACCGAAUGGGUGAAGGGUAAACAUAUGGAGGAGGUGUCAUCCAUCAAAAACACAGAAAUUGCCAAACACCUUUCUCUUCCUCCGGUGAAGCUCCACUGCAGCAUGCUUGCAGAGGAUGCAAUCAAAGCUGCUGUGAAAGACUAUGAAUCCAAGAAAGCCAAGCUGGCAGCUGCAAAUGCUGAGACUGCACAAACUGAGAAAGUUGCGAGUGCUUGAUACACCACUUUAUAGUUAAAAACCAUGCUACAGCUACGCCACAAGAUAUUGCUCAGACUAUAGAGGACUUGGUUUGCUGUUGGAGUUUACUGGACACCAUACAGCGGAUGUUGGAAUGUCUCUCUUGAGCAUGUAGAUAAUUGGUGCAAGGGUCAAUCCGUGUUGUGUUCCUGCAGUCAAAGUUGAUGAAAAUUUCCAUGAAAAUUCAUGUGUGCAUAUUUAAUGAUUUUUUUCCU